AUGGCAGAGAUAGCUAAAUCGCCAAACGAUACACGUGAAUACCGUGCUGUAAAGUUGCUGAAUGGUUUAACAGCACUCUUAAUCUCAGACUUGUCCAAACUUGGUCAAGGAGAUGAAGGGGACGACUGUAUUACAUCGGAAGAUGACCUCUCACACUCGGAGGAUGAGGAAACCCCCUCCGAGGACAUGGAGUUAGGAUCUCCCCCUACGGCGGGCCUUACCAUUGGGACAAAGCCCAUUGCUUUGAAUCCAGAUCCAGAUGAGAGAGGAAAUAGGCCUGAUCCAUUGAUGGAAGAGGAAGGUGAUGAGGAGGAGGAAGAAGAAGAGGGGGAAGAUGAUGAAGAAAAUGAAGGAAGAUCAUCCAAAAAGCCACCUCCGAAGCAAUCCAAAUUGGCUGCUGCAGCUUUGUGUGUCGGCAUUGGGAGUUUCAGUGAACCAGAUGACAUUCCCGGCUUGGCUCACUUCUUAGAACACAUGGUCUUUAUGGGCAGUGAGAAAUAUCCAGACGAGAAUUCCUUUGAUGCAUUUAUAAGGAAACACGGAGGGUCAGACAACGCAUGUACAGACUGCGAAGAGACGACAUUUAUCUUUGAGGUACAUCAGAAACACUUCCGCGAGGGAUUGAUGCGAUUUGCUCAGUUCUUUACCUCUCCCCUCCUUAAAGCGAGCAGCACGGACAGAGAGCUGGAGGCUGUAGAUAGUGAAUUUCAAAUGAGUCUUCCGAGCGAUCACCAUCGCAAGCAGCAGAUGUUGGGCUCCUUGACCAGAGACAACCACCCCAUGGGGAAAUUCAUGUGGGGCAACUCCACAUCGCUGAAGACCGAACCGGCGGCCAAAAAUAUUGAUGUCCACAAAAGAUUAAUCGAGUAUCGUAAGAGGGUCUACUCAGCGCACUAUAUGACCCUGGUUGUACAGUCCAGAGAGAUGCUGGAUACAUUGGAAGGAUGGGUGAAGGAAUCAUUUUCAGACAUCCCGAAUAAUGGCCUAGAAAGGCCAUGUUUUACGAAGUGCGGAGUGCCGUUCGAUGCAGGCAAAUUUCACAAGUUGUACAAAGUGGUUCCUGUGCAGAAGGCUCAUAUAUUAGAAAUCACUUGGUCACUACCUAACCAAAGACAGUACUACAGGUGUAAACCGCUCAACUACCUUUCUUGGCUGAUUGGUCAUGAAGGACAUGGAAGCAUCUUGGCUCUCUUGAAGAAAAGGGCCCUUGCUCUGAGCCUGUUCAGUGGUAAUGCAGACUCUGGGUUUGAGCACAACGACACCCACGCUAUGUAUGUCAUAUCAGUAACGUUGACUGAUCAAGGAUUUCAGCAAAUAGAAGAGGUGAUCGCCAUUGUCUUCCAGUAUAUCAAAAUGCUCCAAACAAUAGGACCACAGGAGAGAAUAUUCCGAGAAAUUCAAACGAUCGACGACAAUGACUUCAGAUUCCAGGAAGAGACUGAGCCCAUUGAGUAUGUUGAGAUAGUAUCGGAGAACAUGCAGCAGUACCCUUCGAAGGAGUACCUGACUGGGCCACUCUUGGCACCAGACUACAACCAUCAGUCCAUAGCUUUUUGCACAGACUGCCUGUGUGCGGACAACGCAAACUUCAUGCUGUCAUCAAAGCACUUUGAUGGUCAGUGUGAUAUGAAGGAGCCUUGGUACCAGACUGAUUAUAAAGUAGAGAGUGUUCCCAAGGAGUGGAUAGACACGAUACAGGGUUUAGAAUUGAAUCCAGAACUUUACAUACCGGAACCUAACAAGUUUAUAGCAACAAAUUUUGAGCUGAAAACGCCAGAUAUUCCUGACACUGAUUACCCAGAAUGCAUCUUGGAUAGCGAGCAGAGCAGACUGUGGUACAAGAGAGACACAAAGUUCAAAUCGCCAAGAGGUCACAUCAUAUUUCAUCUGAUCUCGCCCCUCGUCUACACCUCUCCAGAGAACCUUGUCCUCUUUGAUUUCGUAGCGACCAUCUUGGAGCACAAUCUAUCUGAGAUUGGCUACGAGGCGGACACGGCUCAGCUGAGUUACAGUCUCAAGACGGAGGAGACGGGUCUGGUUGUUAAGAUGAGUGGCUUCAAUCAUAAACUGCCGCUCUUAUUCGAUACGAUAGUUGACUACAUCGUGAACUUCUCGGUGACUGAAGAAUUGUUUGAAGCAGUGAAGGAAUCUAUGGUAAAGUCUUAUUACAACCAUGUCAUCAAACCAGGCAAGCUCAACAAUGAUGUGAGGUUAUCGAUUCUACAGUUGAUUAAGUGGACGCCAGUCGACAAACGAGCUGUGGUCAAUGAAGUCACUCAAGAUCUUGUCCUACAGUUUGCUAAAAGAUUCAAGAAAGUUUUGUUCAUCGAGGGACUCGUUCAGGGAAACUUUAUUGCAAAGGAAGCGAUUAGUUUUGAAGAGUCCCUACGUACCAAGUUGAAGUGCACCCCUCUGCCCAAAGUGCAAAUGCCCACCACUAGGGUCAUCCAGUUACCUGCUGGGGCUCAAGUAUGCAAGGUCAAAGGUUACAACUUAAAUGACGCUAACUCUGUGGUGACCAACUACUACCAGUCAGGGCCGGGUACCAUCAGGAGGCUGAGUGUGAUCGACGUGCUCAUCACAAUGAUGGAAGAACCUUGCUUUGAUGUCUUGAGAACUCAGGAGCAACUUGGCUACAGCGUAUACCCAACAUGUCGCAACAGUUUUGGGAUUGUAGGGUUUUCUGUUACCGUAGCAACGCAAGCGACAAAGUUCAGCGUUUUACACGUAGAGGAGCGAAUUGACACCUUCCUAGAAACCUUCCAGCACAAGAUGAGAACGGCGACGACGGAGGAGGAGUUUAAGACCAACAUAGACUCUCUGAUCAACCUGAAGCAAUGUGCGGACAACCAUCUUGGUGAGGAGGUGGACAGGAACUGGUGGGAGAUUCUCAGCCACACCUAUGUCUUCGACAGGUUGCAGCGAGAGGUGGAGGCCCUCAAGAGUCUGUCUCAGCAAGAGGUUUGUGAUUUCUUAGUGGAUCACAUCAGGGGUGGAGCUAACUUCCAAAAACUCAGUACUCAGGUCGUUGGAGUUGGCAAGCUUGAACAGCAUAACCAUGACUCGGUAACUACGGCGAUAGAUGGACACACGGAUCAGUCCAAUGGAGACAAUCCAGGGACAGGUUUGGUAUUUCUACCCUUGGAUGAAGCAGACAGCAAGAAGGUCGUCAACGCAAUUGACUCAUUCAAAUCAGCCUUGUCAGUGUAUCCAGUGACAAAAAUAACCAGCUGAUUCUGAUUUAUUCCAGUGCUUUGCUAUGAAAGAUCAAGUGAUCACAUCUCAAAAAGAUUGUUCAGCUGCUUCACUGCAAAAGAUAAAGUGGGAAACUUCCCUCAACCCCACAACCCUUCCCUUAUUAAGAUCAAGAUGAGAUGGGAAGGGCUGGGGAAAGCCUUGAGCAGUGCAGGGCACUGGUCACAUCAGCAGUGCGGGGCACCAGUCACAAGAAAUAAACCAAUCAUGAGUAAGGGAAUUAUAAAAAUAAAUAUUUUGCUAGAAUUGUUGAUAUAUUUAUACAAAAAAACUGUCAAUGAUUUUGUGGACAACUUUCCAAUGACAAAAUGAUGUAUCAAUCCAUUCACGGUGUGCAGCAUGCUUACAGCCACCAAUCCUGCCCUUGGAGUUAAAAUCAGCCUCGCUACCAUGGGCAGCGCGCCGUAUCGUACCUCUCGUCACUAACCCCGGGGAGGGAUGUACUGGGAAACA